CCGGGCCGCCCGGGCGGGGCCCGAGCGGGGCCGUGGACUUGGGCUGUCCGCCCGCUGCUCCGCUGCCGGCCACGUCCCGCGCCGGCUCGCGGGCGCUUCCCCGUCCCAGCCUGCCGCGCCCGGAUGCGUGGGCCCGCGUGGCCGCCCGCCCAUCCCCGCGUGUCCUGCGUGCCAUGGCCUGGGCGAGCCCCUCCCAGCCCUCCGCCCGCAGCGCCCGCCCUCGCCUGCCCGCCACGUGCCCGGGCCCAGCCCACCGCCCUUCCCGGAGGAGGAGGCCGGCCCAGGAGCGCGCCCUGAGCAGCCGCCUCUGCGCAGGUCCCUCGGCCGGGCCUCGGGAGUCGCACGAGCCUGAGCAGCAGUCGGCCGGUCACCCCGGCACCGCAGGGCCUUCGCCACCUGCAAGAUGUGGACGGCGCUGGUGCUUGUCGGGGUUUCCUUCCUGACCUUCUCCGAGAGCCAGGAGCUGCCCCUGACGCCGUCAGCCAAAAAUGUCUCCCUGGACACUGGGCAGCCCAAUGCCACGGACUUGGGACACGCCAAAAACACAUCACCUGCAAAUGUCUCCCUGGGUGCUGGACACACCAACGCCAUGGACUCUGGAUACACCAACGCCACGGACUCUGGACAGACCAAUGCCACGGACUCUGGACACGCCAACGCCAUGGACUCUGGACAGACCAAUGCCACGGACUCUGGACACGCCAACGCCAUGGACUCUGGACAGACCAAUGCCACGAAUUCUGCACACACCAAUGCCACGAAUUCUGCACACACCAACGCCACGGACUCUGGACAGACCAAUGCCACGAAUUCUGCACACACCAACGCCACGGACUCUGGACAUGCCAACGCCACGGACUCUGGACACGCCAAUGCCACAUCUCCCACACAGAUGGUGGAGGCGGCCUCUUCCAUCCCGCCAGCACUUCACACCUCGGCCCCCACGCCCAAGGCGCCUGCGGUCACAUCUCCCAGGUCACACGGAACAGACGCGGGCCCCUCGGCAGCCACAGGAGGUGGCCCUCAGCCCACGUCCCCCAAGGUGCCCACGCCCCCCAGCUCGGCGUCAGCCCCGCGAACCCUGGCUUCCACCGCCGUCCCUGGCACCCCUGGGCCAGCCAUGAGCAGCCACCCGCCAUCCCACGGGACAGCUCUGACCUCACAUACCCUGAGUGUCCCCGAGUCCCCCGGUGCAAAGACCAGUGCCACCACCGCCCCCUCGGGCACGCCCGCCACGUCCCCGCACACCCCUGCCAGCUCCCCAGCUUCUAACGCACCCACACAGGCCACCCCCCCCAGGACCACAGCCACCCCCUCCGGCACGUCACUGGAGCCCGCGACCCCCACUGCGGCUCCCGGGACCCCCACAGCAGGGACCACCCGCAGGGCUCCGGCCCCGACGCCAGCCACCAGCACUGCACCAGCGCCUUCUGCCAGCCCGGGCUCCAGCCGCCCGGGUCACGUGACGCAGCCAAGCCCUGUGCCACCCACAGCCCCGACCACCGAGCCACCCAGACCUGAGGCCACCACUGGCCCCACGCCAGGGCACUCAGGGGGCCCCCAGGUGCCAACCACAGAGGCGUGCCCGCCCAGCUCCCCGGGCCCGUACCUGGUCACCCCCGAGCCCCUGGCGCCCACCCCCGUCAGCAGAAGCUUCCUUCUGGCGGCGCUGGUGCUGGGCGUGACGCUCCUGCUGACCGUGGUGGUGCUGCUGGCGCUGCAGGCCUACGAGAGCUACAAGAAGAAGGACUACACGCAGGUGGACUAUCUCAUCAACGGCAUGUACGCCGACGCCGAGAUGUGAGGCCAGCCAGCACCGAGACGGGGGCCCGCGCCCGCACUGCACCUCGCUGAGAUGUGGGCCCGUGCCUGGCACUGCACGUCGCCGAGACGGGGUCCCGUGCCCGGCACUGCACCUUGCCGAGAUGUGGGCCUGUGCCUGGCACUGCACCUCACCAAGAUGUGGGCUUGUGCCUGGCACUGCACCUCACCAAGACGUGGGCUUGUGCCUGACACUGCACCUCGCCAAGACAUGGGUCCUUGCCCGGCACUGCACCUCGCCGAGACGUGGGCCCCACGCGCUUCCCCGGCCUCCCAGCUCCACACUUGCUCGCCGGCAGACGCGGCCCGGAGGCUCAAGACUCGCCAUGUUUUUCAUAUUUAUUUUUAUAGCCGAUCGUGAUGGCGCAGGCGGCUGCCCUGCCGCGGGGGCCGGGGGGACCCUGGCCGGAAUUAAAGCCAUGAGCGCUUCCU